UUCCAAGAGAGUCACCUUUGAUCUUGUUCAGCUCUUGUAUUUGUGGUCAUAUCUACAAUUAGGUCAAUUAGGUACGUGUCGACAGCAGUACUAUAAACAUAAUAUACUAGCUCUAUCAUGGCUAAAUGCAUCUGCCAACAGAAGAGUGACAACUCCAGUCUGCCUGUAAGCUAUCCAACUCUGCAAGAUGGAGGAGACCCUGUAAAACUGUUCCAAGAACAUGGCUACUUUGUUGUGAGGCAGCUACUCACAUCUGAGGAAGUGGAGAGCAUCAAGUCUGAGAUCAGUGCGAUCGUGGCCAAAUGGUAUACACAGUGGCUGGAAACUGGGAUGGACGGCAACGACUGGGAGACAGCAGCCAAUCGGGAGCCAGCCUGGAAGGAGGGCAGGUGGCAGCCAGCAUCUGAUAAGCCUGCUGACAUUGAGCUCGGGUUCCGUAGACUGUAUAGGAUGACCCUAGAAAGCCAGCUCUUUGAUAGGAUAGCGAAACAUGAGAAGAUUGUCUCAACUGUGUCUAAACUCAUUGGAAAUGACAUCAAGUUGCUUCAAUCCAUGGCUUUGCUCAAGCCACCAGGUGCUUCAGAGAAAAUGUGGCAUCAGGAUAAUGGAUAUUUCCGUUUGAACCCAUCAAGAAUUAUGGGAGUGUGGAUAGCACUGGACCCUGCCAACUGUGCCAACGGGUGUAUGCACAUCCUUCCCCAGCCAUAUACUGAAGACGGUCAGUUUUACAAGCAUGCUGCUAAUGUUGACUUUCACAUAGAGUAUGGUAUGGUGGACAGACCUAAUCCAAGCGAUGUUGUCCCCAUUAUUCUCAACCCUGGAGAUGCUCUGAUGUUUCAUAGUCACCUCGCUCAUUACACUCCUCCUAACAACUCUGAAACAAGGAGACGCAGUGUUCAGUUUCACUACGCCUCCUCUGAGUGCCAACGAAUCAAAUGCCCAAAGGAAGAGGGCGGAGCUGAUCAUGGGAUGUACUUUGACUGUGAUCCGGAAUGCCAGGAGCAGAAGUACUACUACUACAAGAAGGGGGAGACCCUAAUCAGUGGCCGUGACUUUGGUGAAGGAUACGUUUAACAUUGAUUGCGUGUUAGCAAAAAACAAACCUUGUGUUGAUUUCUGUUGAUCUCUGUGUUUAUACCGUUUUAUGUGCACUAUAGUACUGUACACUAUAUAGCAUUUUUUAGCAUGAAGAAAAUUGUUAGUCAUAAUAAAA